AUGGAGGCCGAGUCCUCGUCCGGCCCCGGGGGCCCGCAGCCCGGUGCGCUGCAGCCCGCGCGCGCACUCGGGAGCCUGCUGCUCAAGAUCCGAGGCAAAGUCUUCACCUGGCAUAUUUUGAAAACAAUUGCUCUGGGACAGAUGUUGUCCUUGUGUAUUUGUGGGACAGCUAUCACCAGCCAGUAUUUGGCAGAAAAGUACAAGGUGAACACCCCUAUGUUUCAGAGCUUUCUCAACUAUUGCUUACUGUUCCUGAUUUACACAGUGAUGCUGGCUUUUCAAUCAGGCAGUGAUAACCUUUUAGACAUCUUGAGGAGGAAAUGGUGGAAGUACAUCCUACUGGGACUAGCAGAUGUGGAAGCAAAUUACCUGAUUGUCAAAGCGUACCAGUACACAACUCUAACCAGUGUCCAGCUUUUGGAUUGUUUUGGGAUUCCUGUGUUGAUGGCUCUCUCAUGGUUUAUUCUUCGUGCAAGAUACAGGGUGAUCCACUUCAUCGCUGUGUGUGUCUGUCUGUUGGGCGUAGGAACCAUGGUUGGCGCAGACAUAUUAGCAGGGAGGGAAGACAAUUCAGGGAGUGAUGUACUGAUUGGUGAUAUCUUGGUCCUGCUUGGGGCAUCCCUCUAUGCUGUUUCUAAUGUAUGUGAAGAAUACAUUGUGAAGAAACUGAGCAGACUGGAAUUUUUAGGAAUGCUGGGCUUAUUUGGAACAAUUAUCAGUGGCAUACAGCUAUUGGUUGUGGAAUAUAAGGAUAUGGCCAGCAUUCACUGGAACUGGAAAAUUGCCCUGCUAUUUAUGGCAUUUGUCUUCUGUAUGUUUUGCCUGUAUACCUUCAUGCCAGUGGUGAUUAAAGUCACUAGUGCGACUUCUGUGAACCUGGGCAUCCUGACAGCUGACCUCUACAGCCUUUUCUUUGGACUCUUUCUGUUUAGCUAUAAGUUUUCAGUACUCUACAUCCUGAGCUUCACCGUCAUCAUGGUGGGAUUUAUCUUGUACUGCUCCACCCCAACGCGCACAGCAGAGCCAGCAGAAAGCAGCGUGCCCCAGCUCACCAGCAUUGGGAUCGACAACCUGGGACUGAAGCUUGAGGAGAGCAGUCUCCCGGAGAUCCAGUCUGCGGCCCUGUAGCUGGAGGAUCUGGCACAAGCCUGCGCACAACCAGUGGAAAAUGAGCCUGGCGGAGGCUGAGGGGACACUUGGGGAAACGACUGGACACGGAGUAGACACUAUAGCAUUGGAUGCAUCCAGUGGUUAGAUUUCAGAAAGGAACAUUGAACAAUGUACCCGAAGUAGAAAUACCAAAAUAAAGCAGAACCGAGGCUAGGAUUAUGUUUCUGUGUGCUGAGGGGGCUCCACAUUGGGGGUUCAGAGGCACACAGCAGAAAGCAGGAUGGGGAAAUAUACCCAUGAAGGGGGAAGCCUCCGAGCAGGGCCUGAAAGCAGGCAGUCCAGGCUGUGCUAGAUGGUCAGGAGUAGGGAUUGACCAGUGUGGUUCUGGAGAACAUUUCCUCUGUUGUGAGCUUUGGGUUUUUGUCCCUCCAACGCAGUCAUUGUCCACAGGUCUUGUGGCCUUAAUAACAGUGAGGCCUGGUCACUGAUAGCACAUGGCAGGGAAAAUGGGGGUGGUGCACCUGAGAAUUCUUGGGAUGGAAGAGUGACUACAGUACUGUGGAAAUAUUGAAUGGAGUGAUGCUGCCUAGGAACCCUCUCCCAGUUGUCUUGCUCUCUUCUUUUUCUCCUCCUCCUUUUCUUUUUAAAAAUACUUCUCCAUCACUCCCUGCUCCCGCCAGCCUCAUUCAGUCCAUCAUUCCAGGUACAUCGCAAACUCUGCUCUCAAAGUCUGGACUCUUCCACAUUUUCAGCCCCACACCAUAUUCUCCAAGAUUUCUUCAGACCUGAGUAAAUAUGUAGAUGCCAUCCUUUUUAAAAAGUUCUCACGACUCUCAGGUUUAUUCCUGUUGAUCUCAUUAAUUUUCAGCUCAGAAAACUAAGUCUUACUGCAGAUUAUCACAUCAUGGAGAAAGCUUUAUUCUAGAACUGGUAAAAAGAAACAAAACCCCCAAAUUAACAAUUUAUCAGAGAGGAGUUGCCCCACAGCACUGGAAGUCCCCAGUUGUUAAAAGAGGACACGACACUACUUCUUACCAAAUGUUUAUAAUGCCACGAUAUUUCUCCAGUACAAAGUAUUUACAUGUAGCUAAAGUAUUAACAUGUAUAGUAUGAACCACCAGAAUGCCAUUUUGGAAAACUCAACUUUGUAUAUAAAUUUUUUGUGAAAGUAUAGUAAAUUAUAUGUGUUCAUAUGAUUAAAAGACUUUUCGUUCAUGGGAAUACAGUCA